AUGGCCAAGAAAGCGAAGUCUCGCACCAUUGCCGUCCGGCUAAUCUCCAUGGCCAUGACUGGCUAUUAUCGCACAAUGAUCCGCCCCCGUAUCCACCGCCCCCUCUCCAUGCUCAAGUACGACCCCGUCGUGAAGAAGAAGGUCCUUUUCCUCGAAGCGACUAAGGGCGGCAAGGCGAAAUAA